ACUAACCAGAAUGGGAGCUCCCGCCAUUUAGGCUGCCAUAUGAACCCCGCCGAAUAGCAAUUUUAUAAGCUGCCAAAUGAUGCCGAUAGUUGCUGGGCCCAUCAGGCAAAUCGUUGCUCUGUAUAGUUCUGAGACGGGUGCAGUUUCUCUCACUAACCUGCUAUGCAGACUUAAGAACCAAAGAUUGCUGACAUCCACUACUUUACCUGUAACAGUUUAUCUUCAACAUUUCCAAGUACUUGAAGAACAAAAGUUGGUAUGCAGAGACACGUCCACAGAAUGGAUAAAGAUCGAAGAGUGUAAUCACGGAUCACUGCCGCCAUUGGAUGUCACACAGAAAUGUAUAAGUCUGAAUGAAAAGUUGUUCCAGAUCACAGACACUUUACAAGUCACAGGAACUUUGGUUGAUGUCAUUCUAGAAAUUCCUCAAGAUCCCCAGGGAAGCCCCGAGAGUGUACUGUCAUUGUGUGGCGCCCUGGGUCAUUUGAAAGAGUGGUUCAAUGCCUCUGUUACCACGGUGAUACAACCUGCCCUGCUGUGUGACCUUGACCCGCUUUUAGCAGACUGUCACCAACAGCUGUGUCAGUUCGUCAAAGCUAAGACAGUAGGCUGUUUUGAAGAUUUCGAAAGUCACUGGGACGACGUGUGGCGAGGGAAAGUCUCUGUGAUCGACAAAACAGUACACAGAGGCUAUGUGCUGCCUGGAUUUGUACUGAAGAAGAGUGAUAGAUGUGAUUUGGGUGAGGAGCCAAAGAUGUUAGGCCGGAUGUUGGAUGUUCUGGAUGAGGUUGCUGUGGGAACAAUUCCUGCCUAUAUGUUUACCAAAGAGCGCUACAGCUUAUGUUUGGCUGACUCUCAUCCCCACUCCCUUGCCUUUAUGGACCAGUUGACAUCUGACCAUGAUACUGGGAUUGUGGCACGUCUGGCCAGUUAUAGAAAACCAUUGGAUGACUGUUCAACCAAUCACAAUCGUUAUCUGAACAGCACCACCUGGAAGGAGAGCAUCAUGGCUGACAUCAUGUUUGUGCAGGAGCCAGAGGAAGAAUUACUUAGCGGGUACAGCUACCUCCAUUUCCUUAUCACAUCGCCACGGCAACCGUCCAAACAACAAAGUUUGACUGUGACCAGACUGUGUCCCCCGGAAGCUUUGAAUGGGUCUUUGAUGACUAUGCUGUUUAAGAAUGCAGUACGGCCUUGUGAUGAGGCUAGUGUUGCUGACGGUGACCUGAACCCUAGCGAUAUUUUGUCAGAGUUACCUGCCCUUGACGCAGACACCUUGGAGGAAUUUAACAACAUUUUGUGGCAGAAACAGACAGAAUUACUACACCAAUGGCUGAGAGAAAGAGGUCAAGGUCACAAGGUCAAGCUUAGUGAGGUCAAGGAUUUCUUUUCAAACAUCUAUACUGAUCUCCGAGACAGCUUGUGGUGUGACUUACCAAAGUUUCAACCAAGCUUUGAAUCUCCUCCCACUUUGCAGGCAAACGGUGCUUUAUCAGAACUGGAAAUUAAUCCAUCUGAAUGGCAGGAGAGACAACUGCUGAUUUACUGUGAAUCCCAAAAGCGUACAUUGAGUCGUCUUCAGUCAACAGACAGUGUGGCUAUGUCGUCUCCUAUACAGCCCGCCCAAGAACCCACAUCCAUUGAUAUCAAAGAUCUACUAAAACUAUUUAAACCUGAUGGCACAGCGAACACAGAGAACCUAUCUCCAAUCAGGAAAAAGAGACAAGGAAGGUGCAAGAAGUCAGUUGUGCCAAACUCGGAAGACUUGGGGCAGGAGACAAUUCCAACGUAUCUGCAGUCUUGUUGUCACGACAUAUAUUUAAACAGAGACAAAAAAGGGGAAAGAUUGGACAGCCAUAAGCAGAGGUUACAAGAACGCUACAUUAAGGAUGAAACUGACAGCUCUUGUUCAGUUCCGACCUUCAAUUUGGGAAAAAAAAGGAAAAAGGUAUCAAGCCCUCAGAAGAGUGGAAAACGAUUAAAGUCGCCUGUUGGGUUGAAACCACUGGUGAAAUCUCCUUUAAAGACAUUACGGAAAUCACCUAGAAAAAAUCCUACGAAAACGGCAGAUUUGAAAAUUAGAAGAUCCCCAAGAAAAGUAUCCAGUCUUUCAACUCGAGCAGAGUUAGAUUCACAAAAGUCGCCAAGUCAGACGAAUACAGAUUUCUUACCUCUACGGAGGUCUCCACGAAAGUCGGCACACUCAAUCUCUUCUCAGCGGCGCCACUCACUCUACGAGCCUGCUCUCAAGGGAGAUAAAUCUAAGGAAUCUACUGUACCCAAAGCAAGCAGGCUGUCACUAUCAGGAACGGAAAAUAGAAGGACAAGCUUGGCGUCUAAUGGAGAGUCUAAAGAACAGCAACGUCUGUCUCGUUCUGAGAGACACAAACAGAAACUACUGGACAUUGUUGCCGACGUGCUGCAGAAAAACAGUGUCGACCAAAGCUCGGCCAUCCACGCAUCAUGUGCUACAAGGCUUUACAAAGUGACAAAGUUGUAUGUAAUGGAUCUGCCAACAUCGGAGAAUCUGAGACAGGAGAUGAGGAGAAUAGCAGAGGGACAAGUAAAACAGGUGAUUGAUGUAGAAACGCGACGCCAAAGUAUCGGUGGAAAGGAGACCAAAGGGAGAUAACUACCAGUGUUAGAGACAGUGACAAAUACUCAAGUCAAAGAGUUAGCCUGUAAACAUCCCUGUGAUAUAAUCAUGGUGCUCUUGUCUAAUGUGCAAUAUAGUAAAUUGUAUGAUCUAGGUCUUAAUGAACUCUAUAUAUUUAGAUUCAGAUCUACAAUUAUGUACCGGUAGGAUCUGAACUGAGAAUUCACUAGACAUAUCAUGUUGAUCAAGUGAUCAAAUAUUUAUAUGUGGAAAAUGAGCAAUUCAUCCAUAUUUUAGAGAAAUAAAUAUUUUUCUAUCUUUUU